UUCACGUAAACAAGUAUCAUCGCAACAAAAAUUACAAGAGAAAAAAAAACAUUGAACUCGGUCGUUCGGAUCGUCAUUACGAAAAAAAAUUACAUUUUAAUCAGUGUCUAACAAAUAAAAAUAUAACUUGAUAAGAUAUUAAAAAGAAAUUAAGAGAAAGUAUCGCCAGAUUUGACGAGUGAUAAAGAGAAAAUCUGACCAAAAAAAGAAAAUAAAAGUAAAAAAAAUGUUAAAGUUCAUAGAGCGUGAUUUCAUAAAAGUCGCAUUAAUUUGCGUCUUGUGUCUGACGGCACUCACAGACGCCCGCAAAGCAGCUGGCGCGAAACGAGGUGGCAGCAGCGGCUCAAAAUACGGCGGUUCACGCGUUUCAAAGCCCCAAACUCAAUCACAACCGCCAAAAUACGCAAAUCCCAACAUUGCUUCACUAAGUUACUCCCCAAGUCAACAAGCGGCACCCAUGAAACCAUCAGCGCCUGUCGCUCCCGUUCAUUCAGCGUCUCCCGAUCAUUCCAAACCCAUCGGAUGGAAUGUUGGGCAUGAAUCACCUGCAGCUGCUGUCAACAAGCCUCCCGUCAAUUCAGCUCCGUAUCCCACAAAUAAUCAAUUUAAUCAUCAAGCUCCCCCUCCAAGUUACUCCCAAUACCCGAAUCAGCAUGGAAAUAUGAACGGACCUCCACCCCCAUAUUCAGCUCAACCUCAACCCGGCUUGCAAUCGAGAUUUAACGAAGCCCCGCCCGCCUACAGUCCCGUUGGGCAUCAACCAAAUCCCGGAUAUCCCGUUCAGCAACCCGGUUUGGGACAACCAGGCUACCCGCAACAACCAGGAUUCGGAUAUCCGGCACCUGGCGGGUACCCCCAACAACAACCGGGCUUCGCGCCAGGCGGUCAAGCACCAACUAUCGUCAAUAAUUACCAUCAAACAGCUCCUCAGGGUGGAAAUGGCGGCGGAAGUGGCUUAACAAAUGCACUUUUACUCGGUUCCGUUGGUCUCGGUGCUUACAACGCCUUCAAACCAUCCGGCGAGAAAACCGUCAUCAUCAAUAAUACCGUCGUACAACAAGUUCCCGCUGAAAAUUCCACAGAAAUGGCCUCAAAUAUGUCUUCACCUGCAGUUGAAACCACUCCCGUUCCCUUGGCAGCUUACCCAUCAAGUCCCGUUCCCGCUGGUUCGGCCUCCGAAAUGGUCCCUCUUGCUCCGAUGCCAUCGCCAACUGUCAUGCCAGCAACUUCUGACGCUCCUGCAGCUACAAAUACUGAAAUGCCAUCAUCAGCUUCGUCUCCAGCAGCUAUGAUGCCUUCAUCUCCCGAACCAGCACAACCCGCAAGUGAUGUCACGGUAAGUCAAUUAACGGCAAGCAGCUUGGCGCCACUCACAACCUUCGCUGCGAUGGCAAAUGACGCCGAAACAAACAAAACUGUCGAAGUCCCGGCGAUGCCGCCAAUUAUGGUACCCACGAUAUCGUCAAAAAUGGACCAAGAACCCAGCACAAGUACAGAACGAGCGAUGGCAAAUGCCUUAAACACGGACAAGAAACUCGAUAGUGGCAGCAACGGCGUCAGGACGUCAAUUUUAACGGUGAUCGCAUUGCCAUUGGCCAUCUGGAUGAGCAUUCACUAAAAAAUAAAAAGCCACGAUUCCUUUAAAAAAAAAUUUUUUUCGUAGGAAACUGCAUCAGGGUUGUGUAAAAGUCAAAAA